ACAUUACAGCAGCUAUAUAGCUAAAUUAGGCGCGGUCACUUUAAGAGACAAUGAAUCCAUCCAAAAUAUAUAUAUAUUAUAUAUAUACACUCAUUAUGACGACAUUUCAUAGGUGUAAUGGGUUUUAAUCUAAGCUAAUGGCAUUUUCUUGCCCCUUAAAACUGCACAUCCCAGAAAACUUGAGCAUUUUGACUUUUUUUGCCAUCCACUAGAGGGCGCGUGCUGUAUUGUUCCGUUUUUUACCGGAAAGGAAGCCAUUUUCUCUACUUUCUGGUAAGAAUACUGAGAAACUUGAUUUUGAGAUGCCUCGCACAAAGCAAGCCCGGCGCUCCCAGGCCGCAAAGAAGAGGAUGGCAGACCGGAUGGCUGCUGAUCCUGAAGAGGCUCUGCCACCUCUUAAAAAAUUGGCAGAAGUAACAGAACGUUGUGUACAUCACAACGGGGAUAUAAAACUGGGUCAUAACAGUGGUCAUAACCGUGGUAAUAACCUUGGGCUAACAAGUGGUCAAACAAGUGGUCAAACAAGUGGUCAAACAAGUGGUCUAACAAGUGGUCUAACAAGUGGUCAAACAAGUGGUCAAACAAGUGGUCAAACAAGUGGUCUAACAAGUGGUCAAACAAGUGGUCUAACAAGUGGUCUAAACGAUGCUAAAAACACGGAUCAUAAUAGUACUGUUAACAUGACCAUGAAAGCUGUUUCUGAUUUGUGUCCACAGAAAUCGUACGUCAGUGGCUCUUUCCAUCAAGGAGAUUACCGUUUUGGCCGGAAUAGGGGAAGUCAAUGUGGUGCAAACUGUUUAACUGCAAUUUUGAUGAGUAAGAUGAAAAAUGUGUUGCAGUGGACGAGAAAUGACCUGGAUGCUGUUCUGAUCCAUGGAGAUGACCUGUACAGUGCCAUGAGAGACGCAGGGAAAAUCAACGAUCCUGAAUCCGGCUUCAUAGCUGUUCAUGAGCUACCAGACACACACACUCUGAAAGAUUGUCGGUUUUCAAUAAACUAUGGUGAAACAUUGACUGGAUUGUUUGGUGUCAAUAAAUAUGAUGGGGAACUACAGGGGUAUGCGAUGUCAUUUGAUGAAGCAGUAAAUCGAGCAUUCCAGACGUUUGAUACUGUUUUGGUGAAUAUUAAGUUGACUAUAUGUGCAGCUGUCAGAGAAGGUUCCUGGUAUGCAGUGAUUGAUCCACAUUCAAGACGAGGUGAUGGCAGAUGUGUAGCUGACGGUAAGAGUGUAGUGGUUUACCAUCGUAACUUGCACUCGCUGAUUGUUCAUUUCCGGAAACUUGCCGCAUCUAUAAAUGCACGUUACCAGGAGUUUGAGGUAACUGGGGUCAACGCGGUUAUGACUGGAUUAAAACAGCCAUUCUGGCAAGUGAUUGAGAACGCUGGUCCAGCAGAAAAUGAGCGUGAAGGUGAGAAGUGGGACGUGGAAGUUGAUGUUGGGUGCAGUCAAUUUCUGAAUGAUUUCAUGGACAAAACAUCUGUGAAAGAAACUUGUGCACAACAGACAAUGAAAACGACAUACCCAACUAAUGAAAAUGCAGGUGAUGUUACAUUCCUUUCACAAACUGCUAGUGUUUCUUUAAGGUUUAGUCCAUUAACAUUUGAGCAACAAAAGGGUGUUUGCUUAAAGUUAAACAUUGCAAACAUUGUAAAACCAUCUGAGUACAAUCCACCGGAGACCGUUGAAGUGGUUGAGCCUUGUGAAACGAACAAGACUGUUGCAGAUGGAAACUCUUUUUUUAGAGCAUUAGCCUUUGCUGUAAGUGGAACGGAACGAGAACACAGAAAAGUGAGACGGGCUGUCGUUACACACAUACUGCAGAAUGAAGAAAAGUACCUACAGUAUCUCAGACAAGGAUACAGCUCUGUACCAGACUACAUUGCCAAAACAAGAAUGAAAUUCGUUGGAAAUCGGGCAACAGAGAUGGAAAUACAAGCAGCCAGUGAUUUAAUUGGCACAGACAUAUUUACAUACAGUCAAGAGAAAUGGUUUAGAUUUUCAUCUUCAAAUGCUUCCUUUAAUGCACAUGGUUGUCAAGACAGUGGCAUAUAUUUGAAAUAUGUAAACAGCUGCCAUUAUGAAGUUGUUGUAUGUGGAAAUAGCAAGGAUGGUAACUGUGUAUUAUUUUGUAAAUCACCAUCUCAACAUUCACUGCCUGAUCUAGCAUCAAAUGUGUCUUUAAAGUCACGUGAGGAUUCUAGUGAGAAACUUGACUGCAGCAAUAGUACAGAGUUCAAAGAAGAAAAACAAAUGAAGGCAAAGAAAAGAUUACAUGAGGAUGAAACUUACAUUUCAAUUAUGAAAUCCAUCAAUAAAAAAUACAAGAAAAAUGAACAGCAUAAAGGAAAAGUGAAGAAAAGUGUGAACAAAUACAAAUCAAAUGAUUUACACUGCAAAGCUGUGUCAGAAAUGGAACCUGAUGUUGGCUGCAGUCAAUCUUUGACUUAUGUCACAAACACAGAUAAGAUAUCUGGGAAUGAAACGUGUGUAGAACAGAAAACAGAAACGCCUUCUUUAUACCCAACAAAAGAAAAUUCAGGUGAUGUUGAAUUUGUUUCAGAAACUGUCAAUGUUUCUUUAAAGUUUAGUCCAUUGACAUUACAUCAACAAAAGAGUGUUUGCUUAAAGCUGAACAUCGUAAACAUCAUAAAAGAAGACAAUAAUCCAAAUGAGACUGUUGACAUGGCUGAACCUUGUGAAACAAAAAGUAUUUUGGCCGAUGGUAAUUGCUUUUUUAGAGCAGUAGCUUUCGCUGUAAGUGGAAGUGAAGAAGAACACAGAAAAGUAAGACGGGCUGUCGUUACACACAUACUGGAGAAUGAAGACAAGUAUGUACAGAAUCUUAGACAAGGAUACAGCUCUGUACCCGAGUACAUUGCCACAUCAAGAAUGAAAUAUGUUGGAACUUGGGCGACAGAGAUGGAAAUACAAGCAGCCAGUGAUUUAAUUGGUGUAGACAUUUUUACAUAUACUCGAGAUAAAUGGCUUAAAUAUAAAUCUUCAAACGUCUCAUCUAAUAGACAGAAUUAUCAAGACAAGGGAAUUUAUUUGCAACAUGUGAAUAGCUGUCAUUAUGAAGUGGUUGUAUGUGUAAAAACCAACAACAACACAUGUGCUUGCUUUUGUAAAGCAUCUUCUCAUGGUUCAGCCUAUAAUAUACAUUUAAAAGCUAUCUCAGACCCACGAAAGCUUUAUAAGCAGAGACUGCAAUAUAGUCGUGAUCAUGAUUUUAAAGAAAAGAAAAAACUUGAAACUAAGCAAAGAUAUGAUGAGAAUGAAAGUUAUAAAGAGACAAAAAUUAAAUGCAUUACUACAAAGUACAAGGUAAACAAAUGGCAUCAAGAAAAAAUACGCAAAUACAGCACAGAUAAAUACAGAAUGAAUGAUUUGCAUUGUGAGGCUGUAAAACAAUAUAGCAUCCAAAAGUACCAUACAGACAAAGCACAUAAAGACACUGUCAAACAGUUGAGUAUUCAAAAGUAUAAUGAAAAUACAGUACACAGGGAGACUGUCAAAAAGAUGAGCAUUCAAAAAUAUGAUGAAAACACAGAACACAGAGAGUCGGUCAAAAAGAUGAGUAUUCAAAAAUAUAAUGAAGACACAGAACACAGAGAGUCGGUCAAAAAGAUGAGCAUUCAAAAAUAUAAUGCAAAUAAAACACACAAAGAGAUGGUUAUAAAUUACAAUGUUCAAAAAUAUAAAACUGACAUUGCUUUUGUCAAUAAUAUAAAAAUGAGAAAUGCUGCAAGACAGUAUGAAUCACAGGUAAAAAUGAAAGAGAUAGACUAUGUAAUUGAACAGUUUAAACAAAAGAUAUCUACAGGUCCUGAAUAUGUUUGUUCAGUAUGUCAUCGUUGCUGCUUUAAAAUGCAGGUAAAAAAGUGCAAUAUAAAUAAAUACCUUCAAAAAUCAUCAUCAUCAAAUGCUGGAUGUUUGGCAGAAAAAUGUAUUACACUGAAAUAUCGCCAUGAGUGUAAUAAAGACUGUAGAGAAAACUGUGUCUAUAAGAACAGUCCUGCUGCGUCUUUAUGGAUUUGUCACACAUGUGAUACAAAAAUCUAUGAAGGUAAAAUGCCAGCUGAAAGUGUAGCAAAUAAUCUAAGUUUGGAUCCUAUUCCCAGUGAACUGAGUUCUUUAAACUCUCUUGAGCAACAUCUAAUAGGAAUGAAUAUUCCAUUCAUGAAAAUGCUGGCUUUGCCACGAGGAGGACAGAAUGGAAUUUGUGGCCCUGUCGUGUGCAUUCCAUCUAAUGUUUCAGAAGUAGUGAAUGUUUUACCAAGAUCAGAAAAUGAUUUUAUGAUACCAAUAAAGCUUAAGAGAAAACUGACAUACAAAGGGCAUUAUGAGUAUAAAUUUGUGAAUACUGAUAAAAUUAAAACAGCAUUGACAUAUUUAAAGGAGAAUAACAAAUGGUACACAGAUGUUGAGUUUAACAACACUUGGAUUAAUCCUCUGGGUAAAACAGAAGAGGAAAUGACUGAUAAAACUGAAAACAAUGAUAUGGAUUUGGACAAUUGUGAGGAUAUGCGUAAUAAUGAAGAGCAAAACAUUGACAAUGAUGAUAAUGAGAUGAGUGAUGAAACACUUCAUGAUCGACAGCAGCAUGGUUUGUUUAUGGAUUCAUGUUUGCAGCCAGUGGACAUUGCUCAAGAGGUUUUAGAUCAACACUUUGAUGGAAUUAUGUCACUUGCACCAGCAGAAGGCAAUAAUCCAGUGAGAAUGUUAAUGGAUGAAACUAAUGAAGCCAAAUGUUUUCCAGCUCUGUUCCCAAAAGGAAAAGGCACAUUUCACGAUUCACGACCUGAGAAAUUAACACUGUCUAGGUAUUUAAACAACAGAAUUUUAAAUGCAGAUGGACGUUUUGCACAAAACCUCGAUUACAUCUUUUAUGGACAAUAUUUGUCUGAGCUCAAUCAAAUUAUGUCUAAUGUAUCGAUUGCUUUGAGGAAAGGCUAUGAUUCAAGCAACAAAAGAAAAAUUACCUCAGAAAUGCUGACAAACAAAGAUUCACUUCAAAUGAUUUUAAAUUAUGAUGAGGGUUACAAGUUUUUAAGGCCAGUGAGAGGCAGUCCUGUUUUUUGGCAAGCUGUUCAGAAGGAUUUGUUUGCAAUGGUAAGGCAACUUGGGAUCCCAACAUGGUUUUGCUCAUUUUCCUCAGCUGACUUGCGAUGGCCAGAAUUAUUGCAGUGUAUUGUGAAACAAGAGGGUUGUCAAACUCCUAUUGAUGAACUGGAUUGGUCUGACAGAUGUGGGAUGCUGAAACGAAACCCAGUAACUGCUGCCAGAAUGUUUGAUCAUCGAUUCCACUGUUUUCUGAAAGAUGUGAUUAUGUCACCAGCUCAACCCAUUGGAAAAAUAAUAGAUUAUUUCUAUCGAAUUGAAUUUCAACAACGUGGAUCGCCUCACACACACUGUCUGUUUUGGGUUGAGAAUGCACCUCAAGUGGACAGAGAGGAUGAUGAUGAAGUUGCAGAAUUUGUUGAUCGUUAUGUCACUUGUGAAAUGCCACCUGAAGAUGAAACAGAAAUGCAUGAAAUUGUGAGCACUGUCCAACAGCACAGCAAAAGACAUGCAAAAACGUGUAGAAAGAAAGGCACUAUAUGUAGAUUUAACUUUCCACGUCCACCGAGCCAAAAUACGUUCAUUUCAAGAAAUAGACAAACAGAUAAGAAUGAAAAAACAACAGAUGAUGUACAAUGUGAAAGUAAAGACAAAAGAGUAAACUAUUCUAAAGAGAUAUCAAAAGAAUUAGCUGAAUCUAUAAUGAAAAGAGUUAGAGAAUGUUUGCUGAACACUGAUGCUGUCUUUGACUCUGUUGACUCUUUGUUUGCAUCUAUCGGUAUAAAUCAAGAGAUAUUUGAAUGCGCUUAUAACAAAAUGACAAAGAAAACAAAUGUUGUGCUGAAAAGGAAACCAAGUGAUGUGUGGGUAAAUCAGUAUAAUAAAGAUCUUUUGAGAUGCUGGAAUGCAAAUAUGGACAUACAGUUUGUUGUUGAUGCUUACUCUUGCAUAGUGUAUAUAGUUUCCUACAUUUCAAAAGCAGAGAGAGAAAUGGGAUUGUUGCUGGCAAAUGCACAGAAAGAAGCACACAAGGAUGGCAAUAUGGAUGCAAAACAAGCUUUAAGAAAACUUGGAAGUGUUUUCCUCCACAAUAGAGAGGUUUCAGCCCAAGAGAGCGUUUACCGUUUGACUAAUAUGAGAUUAAAAGAAGGAUCGAGGAAAGUGGUCUUUAUUCCAACUGGUAUAAAUACAGUAAAAAUGAGUUUACCUUUAAAUAUCAUAAAUAAAAAGGCUGAAAAGGAAGAAACUGACAAUGAUGAAAUAUGGAUGAAAAGCAUCACAGACAGAUACAGAGCUCGUCCAAAAACUCAAGACUUUACAGGAAUGUGUUUAGCGUCCUUUGCAUCAGAAUACAGAGUUCUGUCCAAAUCCGAAAAGUCAUGCACAGACCGAGUAAAACUGGAAAAUGACAUGGGGUUUGUGAGAAAAAGAACUCGAACAGAUUUUGCAGUCGUACGAUAUGCUCGUUUUUCAGCAACUAAAAAUCCUGAAAAUUAUUAUCAAAGUAUUUUGGAGUUAUUUUUGCCUCAUAUUUUGCAAAGUCAACUGAAACCACCAAAUUUCACUUCAUAUCAGGAGUUUUAUGAGACUGGAUUUGUAACAUUGUAUAAUGAUGAACUUGAGUCAGUGAAAAUCAUAGUGGACACAAACAGGUCAAAAUUUGAAAAAGAAGCAGAGACAAUACAAAAAGCUCAAGAUGACUUAGAACAACAUGGACCAAUGGAAGACGCAUGGGCCCAAAUCUGUCCAGAAGCAGAACUUGAGCGUUUAGAAUGUCUAGAUACUAGAAAAGAACAACCAAUAGAAACAGAGGAAGGUGAUGAUGUCAUUCCUGAUCUAUUACCAAAUGUUCAUGGGUUCACAUUAGAAAAGAAUCCUUGUGCUAUGACAAAGAAAGAUGCAAUGUGUUUGCUGCGUUCUUUGAAUGAGAAACAGUCACAAAUCUUUUAUAAAGUGCGGCAGUGGUGUCUAGCAAAAGUACAAGGUGAAAACCCAGAACCAUUUCAUGUGUUCAUAUCUGGGCCUGGAGGAGUUGGAAAGUCAGUGUUGAUUAAAGCUAUGCAUUAUGAAACCUCUCGCAUUCUAUCAAAGUUAUCAGAAAACCCAGAUGAGACACAUGUGCUCUUAACAGCUCCGACCGGUGUCAGUGCCUUUAACAUUAGUGCAAAAACUAUACAUUCAACUUUCUCUAUUGGAACGAAUGCUACAUUGCCAUAUCAGCCACUUGGUGAUGAAAAAAUUAAUUCCUUGAGAGCAAAAUUUGGAAAGCUGCAAAUAUUAAUAAUUGAUGAAAUUUCAAUGGUUGAUCAUAAACUUUUGGCAUAUAUUCAUGGCAGAUUGAGACAAAUCAAACAAACAGGAGAUUAUUCAGCAUUUGGAAAAGUCUCAGUAAUAGCAGUUGGAGAUUUUUAUCAACUUUCUCCUGUCAAAGGAAAACCACUUUAUACUGAACCAGUGAACAGUGUGAAUCUUUGGGAAACUCACUUUAGCUUUGUUGAACUCACAGAGAUCAUGAGGCAGAAGGACAAAGAAUUUGCUGAAUUACUUAGUCGUUUAAGGCUACGUAAAAAGGAUGAACCAAUGCUUGAAGAUGACGUUGCUAUGCUUAAAAAAUGUGAAACAGGUGAUGGUGAUGAUAGUACAGAUAUCCACAUUUAUGCAACAAACAGUGAAGUUGAUGUACACAACAUACAUAUGCUGCAUAAAUUAUGCUCAGACACAGUUACUGUAAAAGCACAAGACUUUGACAGAAAUGCUAAAACUGGCCGAAUGGAAGAAAAAGAUGGGCAUCAUUUCAGAGUUCAUAACAGCUGUUUAGAAAAAUCCCUUGAAUUAGCUAUUGAUGCUCGAAUAAUGCUUAUAAAAAAUAUUAAUGUUUCAGAUGGUCUUGUGAAUGGUAUUUUUGGCACAAUUAAAGAAUUCUGUUAUGAUGAUAAUGAAACAUUUCCCUCGAAAAUAUAUAUUGAAUUUGACAAUGAGCAAGUUGGUAAAGAAGCAAGAGCCAAACAUCCGUGUUUAAAACCUGGACUGGAGAAAGCAACACCAAUUGAACCUGAAGAAGAGAAAGUAACCAAUGAUGGUGGUGUCAGAAGGCAGUAUCCUAUCAGACUAGCUUGGGCUUGCACAGUUCAUAAAGUACAAGGCCUAACAGUGAACAAAGCUGUUGUUUCAAUGAAAAAGAUAUUUGCUGCAGGACAAGCGUAUGUAGCAUUAAGUCGAGUGACCUCUCUUGAUGGGCUCAUCAUUGAAGAUUUCAAAGAGAACGUUAUUUUUGCGAAAGAUAACAUUGAGCAAGCACUACAGAAUAUGCCUCCUUUUAUUCUUCCAAGUGAAACAACAGAAAGUUUCAAAUACAAAAUUAUGUUACACAAUGUUGAAGGAUUAAUCCCACAUAUAUUAGAUAUUCGCCAAGAUAACAGAUAUUUUGAAGCAGAUAUGAUAUGUGUAACAGAGACAUGGUUGAAACCAAACAAUGUCGAGAAUGAAGUGAGUCUUGAUGGGUACUAUUUCCAUGGAAAAACACGUGGUGCUGCAUAUGACACAAGUGAGGAUGUUUUUGCUAAACUAAAAGAGGAAAAUCAUGGUGGUGUUGGAAUAUAUCACAAAGAAAAAGUCAAAGUUGCUCUAAUGGAUUUACCAUGUAUGAACAUUGAAUGUAUGAUGUGCAGAAUAGAACAUCUGGACACAACUGUGGCAGUUGUAUAUAGACCGCCAUCAUAUAACAUUGCCUUGUUUCAAGAGAAGUUGACUACCUUAGUUAAUGAAAUGAACUGCUUACCAGGUGGGAAAAUAAUUCUAGGAGAUUUCAAUGAAAACCUUUUCAAUUACUCAAGUAUUUAUCAUCUUAUGCAACAUUCUGGUUUCACACAAAUUGUUGAGAAACCAACAACUGAAAAUAAUACACUAAUUGAUCAUGUAUAUGUGAAAGAUAUUGACUUGGAUAAAAUAAAGAUUGAUAUUAUGCCCACUUACUUCAGCUAUCAUGAUUGUGUUGUGCUAAAAUGGUUAGUAUAAUCAAAUCGUCCAACAAGAUGGGGGGAGGGGGGAUACAGAGGUGAUUUUUAAAUGUGGACGGCCUCUGUGGGAAAACAUACUGCCUUCACAUGCUAUCGGAAUUAGUGGUGUGCACCAAACUCCCUCUAAAUCAGCGGUUCUUAAUUCUGGGGCCUCAUUUGAUAAAAUGUGUACAGAAAUCUUCCUAAAGUUAAUCUUAUGAUUACUUGUCAAAUUUACAGCUUACAAUUUCAAACUUGAUAUACUCAAAAAAGAAAAACUGUGUACAUAUGCUGCUACAAACAUAAAUGCUGGCUUGGAUUUAGGCAUAUGCACAUACUGUUUAUAAAUGACAUCCCAGCUGUUUGUGACCCCCACUGUACAUAUUUUGCAUGUCUCUGUUCUUUAUCAUAGCUGAUUCAAAUCACAAGAAUGUUACAAAACAGCUGCAUAUAUGAACGGUGUUUCAACUGACAUGCUUCGUAGUGUUCAUUGCUCUACCCAUUUAAUCUGUCUUCAGAAUUUUCAGGAAAACAUAAAUCCUACUACAAAAUUUGUGAAUUUUAUUGUGCAGAUCAGGGGUUAUGAGGAACAAGAUUAAGAACUGCUGCUUUAAAAGGAUUGGCCUCAAAUUUAGUACCCAAUUUCACUACUAGCUCUACCUGAGUCUGUCUUCCUAAUUAGUAAUUGUAACAUGUGUUUCUUAAUCAUAUGUGAUGCCACCUGAAUGGUACUUGACUGAUAUCUAUCUUUGUCCUCUUUAAGUUCUUUUUAUGAAUUACUGUUUUGGUAGUAUCAAGGCGCCUCUAUAAUGUAAAUGCUGUUUUUACUGUGAGAUACCUGAUUUUGUUCUGGUCCCUAAGUAGGCCUGUGCAUGCCACUAAUGAGAAGAAAUAUACAUUUCCUAGUUAAAAAUUUAAAACCAAUAUAAUAUUGAGUAAAUGUCUUCAAUAGCAAAGUAUCAAUCAGUAAAAUUUUGUAAACAACAAAUAAGCAAAAAUCAUCUUGUCUACCAACAAAAUUCAUAUUGUUUUACACAUGAAAAUACAUAAACAUGAACAGGUCAUGAUUUUCUGUUCAAAAGUAAAAGGUAGGACAUUACCGAUAGCAUGUGAAGGCAGUAUGUAGCACUGUACAUUCACUUGGUGUUAAGGCCUUGAAUGUUUUCACACUGAAAUUGCA